AUGGAUUCUCAACUUAUUAAAACUGCUAACGCGAUUAAAAAAGUAAAUAAGUUACAGGAUGCAUUCGCUACUGUUGGCGUUCACAACCCCGUAGAUUUGCCUCAGAUUGUAGUCAUUGGUUCACAAUCGAGUGGUAAAAGUUCAGUCUUGGAGAAUAUUGUUGGCAGAGACUUUUUACCUCGAGGAACAGGCAUUGUUACUCGUAGACCUUUGGUCCUACAACUUAUCAACAGAGCUGCUUCAGAAGCUGACGGUCCAGAUAAGCAAGAGUGGGGUGAAUUCCUCCACCUUCCUGGACAAAAAUUCUAUGACUUUGACAAAAUCCGUGAAGAAAUCGUAAAGGAUACAGAGCUUAAGACAGGCAAAAACCUUGGCAUUUCACCUCAGCCCAUUAACCUUCGUGUAUUCUCUCCCAACGUGCUUACCUUGACCUUGGUUGAUCUUCCAGGUGUAACCAGAGUCCCUGUAGGCGACCAACCCAAGGAUAUCGAAAAACAAAUUCGUGAUAUGGUUCUCAAAUAUAUCACCAAGCCCAACGCUAUCAUCUUGGCUGUUACUGCUGCGAAUGUUGAUUUGGCAAACUCAGAUGGAUUGAAAUUAGCUAGAGAAGUGGAUCCCGAAGGUUUAAGAACUAUUGGUGUAUUGACAAAGGUUGAUUUAAUGGAUCAAGGCACCGAUGUGAUCGACAUCUUGGCUGGUAGAAUCAUUCCUCUCAAAUUAGGCUAUGUCCCUGUUGUCAACCGUGGACAGCGAGAUAUUGAUUCUAAGAAAUCAAUCGCAAAGGCCUUGGACGCUGAAAGAGAAUUCUUUGAGAACCAUCCCUCCUACAAGAGCAAGGCACAAUAUUGUGGUACACCAUUUUUAGCUCGUAAAUUAAACAUGGCAAAAAUCAAAGCAAAGAUUCAGUCUGCUUUAGCAAAAUACCAACAAGAACUAUUUCAAUUAGGUGAUCCCUUGAAUGAUGGAUCCAGUUCUGGACAAGCAAACCUUGUGCUAAAUAUUAUUACCGAAUUUUGUACGGAAUUUAGAACGAUCAUCGAUGGUACUUCCAAUGACUUGACCAGUUUCGAGCUAUCCGGCGGUGCAAGAAUCAGCUUUGUCUUUCACGAACUUUAUUCCAGUGGCGUCAAGAGCAUAGAUCCAUUAGAUCAAAUCAAGGACGUCGAUAUUCGUACCAUUCUCUAUAAUUCUUCAGGUUCAUCUCCAGCCCUAUUUGUAGCUACGACUGCUUUCGAAGUCAUCAUAAAGCAACAAAUUAAAAGAUUAGAAGAGCCAAGUGUGAAGUGUAUCAAUAUGGUGUACGAUGAACUAGUUCGAAUUCUCGGCCAGUUAUUGAAUAAGCAAUUCUUCAAGCGUUUCCCUCUCUUAAAAGAAAAGUUUUAUCAAGUCGUCCUGUCAUUCUUCAAGAAAGCUGUGUCACCAACAACCAAACUUGUCACUGACCUUGUUUCAAUGGAAGCUUGCUAUAUUAAUACUGCUCAUCCUGACUUUAUGAGUGGUCAUAAAGCAAUUGCCCUCGUUAAUGAUAAAUUACAAGCAAAGACCCAACCCAACACUGCAACCGAUAAACAGCUAACCAACGGCAAUCACAAACAAGCAUUGGCUCCACUUCAGACAAAUGGACACUCUCCCACCAGCGACAUGAAUGGAUCAUUCUUUGGUAGCUUCUUCUCUGGCCCAAAAAAGACGAAGAAAUCGGCAGGUGCAUUAAUGGAAGCUCCACCAGCUACUUUAAAAGCUACUGGAGCACUUUCAGAACUAAGUUUUGCUAUAAAUGAAAGAAGCGUCCCUGUUGUUAACCCUAUUUUACUUGUAGAGCUUUUAAUUCAAUCUUAUUUUGAUAUCGUCAAGAGAACCAUGAUUGACAUGGUUCCCAAAGCUAUCAUGUUAAAGUUAGUCAGCCAUGCUAAAGAAGAGCUUCAACGCGAGCUGCUGUCAGAACUAUAUAAUGCCGACGUAUUAAAGGACUUAUUGCAAGAAUCUGAAUUUACACAGCAACGAAGAAAGGAAUGCAAGAAGAUGAUUGAGGCUUUGCAAAAGGCUGAUGAGAUCGUUGGAUCUGUUUAA